CCGAGAAGCAAAGAAAUGUGGUCACGGGCGGCGAGGGUGCGAUUUCGGGCUCUGCUGGACGGGAGCCGAGGCUUUGCUUCCGAAGCGGGUCCACGGGGAAAGAUCCAGGCGGCGGGGCCGGCGACCCAGGCUCCACGCCUCGUCCCGCAGGCCACCGGUCGCGUGUCCGCCGCGGUAAUCGAGCAUCUGGAGCGGCUGGCGCUGGUGAACUUCGGCAGCCGCGAGGCGGUGGACCGGCUGGAGAAAGCCGUCGCCUUUGCCGAUCAGCUGCACGCCGUGGACACCGACGGGGUGGAGCCCCUGGAGUCGGUACUGGAGGACAGGUGUCUCUACCUGAGACCUGACAGUGUAGCAGAAGGUGGCUGUGCUGAAGAGCUCCUACAGAAUUCCAGUCAUGUUGUGGAGGAAUACUUUGUGGCCCCCCCAGGUAAUAUCCCUUUGCCAGAAACGGUAAACAAGAUUCCUUCUUCCACAGCAGAGUAGCUAUUCUGGGAAAGGGACACCCUGUCAACGUGGUGGACUCACAAGGGUGGUCAUUUGCUACUGUGAAUUCUAGUAUAAACUGGAUAUUUACGAUUUCUUGGUAAUUGGUCUGAAGACAGAACUGGAAAAGACCCAGCUAACAGAAUACCACAAGCCUGCUUCCAAGGAAAUUGAUCAAAUAUUCAGGCCUAUUCUGUAUGGAAAACAUCUUCCUCCCUCAUCUGUCCCUAAAAAACACUAUCUUGUCAAAAUGUACCUAUGUGGACGUUUCUGUGUGUAUGUAAGAGACAGAUGAUCUGUGUUUCUUUUCCAUUAUCUGUUUCUGGGUACCUACCUUAUUCCUACCAGAGGGCUCAGUUUAUGGAUAGCUUUGAGUAGUAUCAAAGUAAACUACUGCCUGGGAACUCCUAAUUCAGAACCAUCUUCCUUUCUCAGAAAGCUAACCAACCUCCACCUCAUCCUUGGUGUCCAUUAACACAGACCCUCUAUACACACACACAUCUUAAGUAUACAUAAGCACCCAACACACACACACACACACACACACACACACACACACACUCUCUCUCUCUCUUUCUCUCUCUCUUGUGAACUCCAGCCAAAUAGUUCCUUUCUGAAAAGAGAACUUGUUAAAAACAGCCCUGGCUUGUUUUCAUUAUUUCUCUUCCUUUAUCUGCAAUGCCUGUGUCCCACACACUCCCUUUUUUUUGUUCAUUCAGAUAGGGCCUCUUUGUACACCCCUACACCUUGUUUGUUUGUUCAGAUAGGGCCUCUCCUUAUGUCAGGCUGGUCUUGAGCGCACAGCUAGCUUCCUGCUAUAGCCUCCCAAGCACAGGGAUUAGAGGCAGGAACCACCUCAGUGACCUCCUGUUAUAGGCCGUUUAAUUUACAAUGUCAGUUCUGAAUUAUAACAUCUCUGAAUCUGAGUUAGAGAUCCCUCAGAGAUUAAGAGAAUUUCAUAUCCCAGAUGUGGUGGUGAAUGUCAAGCACUUGGGAGGCAGAGGCAAACAGAUCCCCGAAUUCAAGGCCAGCCUGGUCUACAGAGCCAGAAUUAUUCUGAGAAACCCUCUCUGAAAAAGAAAAAAGAAAAAGAAAAAUUAAAAAAAAAAAAAAAAAAGAACCCAAACCAAAGAAACAAAAACCCAGCACUUCCUCUUCUCCAGCCUGAGCCAAGUCCAGCUCUAGAACCCACGUCAACGCAUGGUGACCCAUGACCUGGGAUUCCAGCUCUGCAGAGGUUGAUGCUGUCUUUCUGGACACAUGUGGCAUAAGCAUGUAAAUAAAAACCAAUCUUAAAAAAAAA